CACAAAGUCGCAGGCGGGUGGUUAUCCUUUCGCUGGGGCUGCCGGGAAUAGAGCUUUGUGCCGCUGUCCCUGAUGAUCUGGGAAAGGGGCUGCCUCUCCCAGGCAUAAAUGGGGUCAAGAUCACGCACGCCCAGUGACCACCAGAGCCCACUCUCCCUGGGGCUCACUGGGAAAGAGGGUUAACUAGAGGCUCCCCUGGGAUUGGCCAGGGUUGCGGGGGGGGUCCCACACAAAGUUUGAGACAGAGGCGAACGAGCAAGCAUGCUUCCUAGGGAAGCAACAGAAAGGUGGCGAGAAGCUGACAGCAACCCUCAGGAGAGUCCCGACACCAUGGACAGUGACACACCUCUUGAGCUCGAGACACAAGAGGAGCCGGAGAGCCCACUGGCACCGCACAGCAGCGACGAAACGCUCUACUGUGAGGCCGAAGCGCCCUCGACUGUGAUGAAGGAGAAGCCAGCCUGGGAGAACUCAGAAACAGACCUCGAGGCUGAGGAUAACGAGAAGUUUUUCACCACUGGACAAAGGGAGCUGUACCUGGAGGCCUGCAAGCUGUUGAACGUUGUGCCUGUCUCCUACUUCAUCCGGAACAUGGAAGAGCCCUACAUGAAUCUCAACCACCAUGGGCUCGGCCCCAAGGGCACCAAGGCGAUUGCCAUAGCCCUGGUGUCCAAUACGACCAUCAUCAAGCUGGAGCUGGAGGACAACUGCAUCAUGGAGGAGGGCGUGCUGAGCCUGGUGGAGAUGUUGCAGGAGAACUACUACCUGCAGGAGCUGAACAUUUCCGACAAUGAUCUUGGUUUGGAGGGGGCCAAGAUCAUCUCAGAGUUCCUCCAGAGAAACGCCUCCUCGCUCUGGAAACUGAAGCUCUCAGGAAAUAACUUCAAAGAGGAGUCCGCGGCACUGCUGAGCCAAGCCAUGUCGUCCAAUUACCAAAUCAAGAAGCUGAAUCUCAGCCACAACCAAUUCUCUGACCAGGGAGGGGAGCAGCUGGGACAGAUGCUAGCCCUCAACGUAGGGCUAAAGUCGCUGGAUCUCAGCUGGAAUCACUUCCAUAUUCGGGGAGCUGUGGCCCUGUGCAACGGUCUCCGGGCGAACGUGACCCUGAAGACACUGGAUCUCUCCAUGAACGGCUUUGGGAACGAAGGGGCCCUGGCCCUGGGCGAGGUCCUGAGACUCAGCAACUGCUUGGUCUUCCUGGACGUCAGCGGCAAUGACAUCAACAAUGACGGGGCGUCCAAGCUCAGCCGAGGCCUGGAGUACAACGAGAGUCUCCGCGUUCUGAAGCUUUCCCUGAACCCUAUAACUAUGGACGGGGCCACUUUACUUGUCAUGUCCAUUAAGAAGAACCCCAAAUCGAGGCUGGAAGAGCUGGACAUUUCCAACGUGCUGGUGACCGAGCAGUUCACAAAGAUGUUGGACGGGGUGUACGCCGUUCACCCCCAGCUGGAUGUGUUAUACAAGGCGGUGCAAGGCCUGGAGGAGAAGAAAGCCCUCUUCCUGUGUAAAAACCCCAUGAAACUGAUCCAGAGCUACGCAGACAAGAACCACAUCAGCAUCUUGGACUUCUUCAAGAGCCUGAACCCCACCGGAGCAAUGCAGAUGACCGUCGGCGAGUUCCGGAAGACUCUGUUACAGUUUCUUGAAAUGACAGAAGCCACAGGCAUAAGUCUGGUCUGCAGAGAAGUCUUGAGAGAGAGAAGUCCCAGCAACUCGGACGGGGACGCGAGGGAGACGACGCAGUGGCCGGACGUCGGGGGACGAAAGCCAAGGCCAAGACUGAGCAUGAGCAAAUAAAAUCCGGCUGGGCUCUGGGCGUCUCCAGGCUGCUGGUGGUGUUGCCCCUCCCCAGGGAGCACCUUCUAGACGCAGUGACCCGCAGGGGACACCUUCUUGGUGGCGGUCACAGCAGGAGCUGCGGAGACCAGUUGGGAAAAGAGCCCGCAGCAGCAGGUCAGAGGCCCACCGCAGUCACAGUGGCCACGGGGCUGUGCCCACGGGUUUUCCGGAAGGAAGGCAGUGGCAGAGGGGCCAGCUGAUGAGGGCCCGUCAGAAGUGAAUGCCAAGGUCACACAGGGGCAGCACUUAGUGACCCCGUGCCACCUGGCCACAUGACCUUGGGGCCUGAGAACCAGAGCAGCUGGAAUCAGGCGUUGCUGUCCAUCCCAGGGAGCUCUGCCCUGCGUUUCACUGUAAAAUUCCCUGGGAAGCCGAGGAGACAGGCGGAGCCCACACAAGACAGACCAGGAAAAGUCAGGGCAGCAGGCCCUGCAUGGGUGGGCGGAGCCGGCACUUCCCCGGGCGGGGCUUGCCCUCCCCAGUCGCCACUGUGGACAAACUGGAGCAGGCAGGGUCUCCUGCACCUCGGUAGCACCCACCCGGGCCCCGGCACGCGGUGGACACUCAAUAAAAACCUGUGCACUGAACAAAUGCCGUCGCCUGGCAGUCACUGGGG